AUGGCUCGGAACAUCGCAUACAUAACCGGUUCUCAGCUUCUCUCCGUCAAACGCCGGCCCAACAUUGCCGUCGUCGAUGUCAGGGACGACGAGAGGAACUACGAUGGGCAUAUAGCGGGGUCCCUUCAUUUUGCUAGCGAUACGUUUCUUGACAAGAUACCCAGUCUUAUUGAAGCUGCCAAGGGCAAAGAUACCCUUGUUUUCCAUUGUGCUCUCAGCCAGGUUCGUGGACCCAAAUGUGCUAGAAGGCUUGCCGAGUAUCUUGCUGAUGUGAAAGAAGAUAUGGAGAUAAAAAAUAUCAUGGUUUUGGAACGCGGUUAUAAUGGUUGGGAAGCCUCAGGAAGGCCUGUUUGUCGCUGCACCGAGACUCCCUGUAAGGGUGAAUGA